AUGAGGAAAGACACCACCACAACAGAGACUUCAACCUUGCUUAGAGACAACGACGCCAUCAUUGAAAACGCUGCUGUUGAUGUUUUUGAAAGUGUUAUAACAGAUCAAGAUGACCCAGAUGAUAAUGAAGAUAUACGUUGGCUGAGAGAAGAGAGACUACAUCAUCAAAAUAAGCUAUGGUAUGAAAAACCAACGGUUUUCCUUUUAUCUCUAGCUCUGUUGCUAUAUUUCACUUCAAUGGGUAUUCAAAUCAGUGCAAAGAUUAUGCUGUUGAUGAAACAAAUAUGUCGUAAAGUUGCUGAAGAUCAUCCUGAUUUAUCGGAAGAAUAUAUCAAUAAUAAUUGUCGUGGUCCUUUAGUACAAGGUGAAUUAUCCUUUCUGACAUCCAUUGUCACAUUUUUUACUGGGGCGUUUUCAUGUCUAAUGAGUGGUAAAAUGGGUGAAUUAAGUGAUCGUUUUGGUAGGAAACCAAUUUUGGCAAUUGUUGCAUUAACAACUUUAUUGGGGAGAUGCUUUACAGCUUAUUUAUUAAUGGAUGGUCGUACAUAUCAUAGAGGAUUGUUCAUUUUGAGUAGUGUGGUGGAAGAAAUGACAGGUGGGAAUACGGUUGUUGUUUCCGUUUCAAGCUCUUAUAUUACUGAUAUUGUGGAACCUCAUGAAAGAAUUGUUUCCUUGGGUUUCAUGAUUGGGACUUUAUAUGGUGGAUUAGCUAUCGGUCCUCUCUUAGGGAAUAUUGUCAUUAAAUAUAUUGGGCAUGGGAAUGAUAUUUAUGCACUUUAUGCUGGUUUAGUCUUGUGUGCAUUAUUUGCUCUUAUACUCGUAUUCGUCAUUAAGGAAUCGAGACCAAUGAAGUUGAGAAGAAAAUCUCAAUCUACACAUCUCAGAAGAAAAGCAAGUUUCACAUCUUCAAUUCAUUCAAGUCAAUCAACUUCAAUGUAUAAUCAAUUCCAAUUAUGGAGAAUCGUUGACAUAUUUUCACCAUUAAAAAAAUUAUGGAUAGCAAAACAUCCUGAACAAGGUUUUAAACCAAGAAUUAAUGUUUUGAUAAUGAUUUUUAGUGAUUGUGUAUUAAGCUUGGCAAGUGCAGCUUAUACCAGUACAUUAGUCCUAUAUACAACUUAUUACUUCAACUGGGGAACUGAUAAUAUUGGUUAUUACGUUUCAAUGGUUGGGUUUUCAAAAUCCUUUUGUCUUUAUGCUGUUUCUCCAGUCUUGUUACAUUUUUUAAAGAAAUUUUUAACAAUCAAGAAAAAAAGUAUUGAUUCUGUGGAUUUAGCUGUUAUAUUUAUUGGAUUGAUUUUUGAUUCUUUAGGUCCAUUAACCGUUAUAUUUGCCAUUCAGAGCUCUCAGGUUUACUUAUCAGCAAUCUUCGCAUCCUUGGGUGCGCUAGCAGGACCAACUAUUCAAAGUUCAAUAGUUAAAUAUGUUUCAGAAACUCAAACUGGUGAAGUGUUUGGUGCCAUUGCUUUGAUUAAGAAUUUUAUAUUGUGUCUUGGUCCUCCUAUCUUCCUGCAAAUUUAUUCAAAAUCUGUGGCAACUUUUCCAACUUUGGUGUUUUGGAUAACCGUUUUCAUGUUUAUAAUUUCUAUUGCUUUGAGCACCUUUUUGAGGUCACAUAAAGAGAGUGAAGAUGGGUCCAUUGUGACUACCAUAGUGGAUGCAGAUGAAGAAGAAGCUGCAAUGUUGAUCAAUCAGAGUGAUAAUGGUCUAUUCAAAGCACCAAGUGUUGGAAAUUCAUCAAGAAAGUGA